AUUCAGAGCAAUUCCUCAGUGCAACUACAGUUCCCAGCAGCCAUUGCGUCUCUGUUUCCGGUGACUCGUGUAAACGAAGAUGGCGCCGUCCACAGAUCAACAAGCGUGGGUCAUUCCUGGAGGUUUUACUGUGCUGUCGCUGAGGUUCAGUGAGGAUGACGCUCAUGCUGCUCUUCAUCAGCUGUGUGUGAAAGAGCAUCGAGUCCGAUCCGAGUCCAACACACACAGACCGCUGGAGCGAACACUGUUCGUGCUCAACGUGCCGCCCUACUGCACACAGGAUGUUGUCAGACACGUCUUCAGCCGCUUCGGUGCGAUCGAGUCGGUGGAACUGUGUGAGAAACCAGGAGCGUCAGAAUCCAGCGACACGAGCGGAUACUUCAGACCCGCGCAGACACAGUGUUUUAGAGUGGCCUAUAUCGUGUUCAGUAGUGCGUCGGGUGUCAGAUCAGCCAAACGGCACCCACACACACUCCCGCUGAUCGUCUCCAGCGCAGAGAGACCCGUGCGCACCGGCGUCCACAAGUGGAUCCAGAAGUACUCAAAGUCUCUGGUCAAAGCUUCGUCUCUGCAGCAGGACAUCGACCAGUUCAUGAAUGAGUUUGACAAACGGAAGGAAGAGGAGGCGGAGCUUCAGAAGCAGGAGGCGGAGCAACAGCAGGAGGAUGAGGAGGGGUGGGUGAAGGUGGCGAAGGGCAGUCGAGGAGCGAAGACACGCCCCCACAGCGAGUCGGCCAAUCAGAGGACGCUCCAGAGAGAGGACAGGAAGAGGAAGCGCAAGGAGCUGCUCAACUUCUACUCGUGGCAGCACAGGAACACACAGAGAGAGCAUAUCGCUGAGCUGAGGAAGAAGUUUGAGGAGGACAAGCAGAGGAUCGCUGUCCUGAGAGCGCAGAGGAAGUUCAGGCCCUUCUGAUUACCCACAAUCCCCUUCAGCCUUCUGAUGACUCCACUACCCACAAUCCCCUUCAGCUCUGACUCCACUACCCACAA